GCAGUCAGCACGCGCGUACGUAUCCAUUCAGCAGCUGCGCAGCAUAGCGAUCGCGAUGAUCCUUCGCAUAUGUCUUGCUAUGGGUCGCGUAUAUGAGUGCCUACCCUGUGGCUACUGUCGGGUCAAACUGCGAGGUCAUAGACAAACUGCGCCGAUUCCACAAAUUACCCACCUAUCGUGAUGUCUCCACCGACGUAGUAUCCUACACGUCGCCUAGGCGUUCCCGGACCAGAAGUCAGCGCCAUCGGCUUUGGGGAUAUGGGUAUCGGUGCUUUCUACGGUAAGACAACCGACAAGGAGCAGGCCUUCGAGCUGCUGACCUGCGCGGUGGACCAUGGCAUCACCUCCUGGGACACCGCGGCCAUGUACGGGAGUAGUAGCACGUACCGCGAUCAUCGCGCACAUCCCAAGACAUCUACCGGCCACCGACGGUUUACGGCGCUCGCUGCGGCGCUUGUUGUGCUUCUCUUCUACAGGUGAGGCCACGCUUGGUUUAUUGGUUCGCGGCGACCGGCAGGCGCUCGGAGAUUCUCCUCCUUCGCGACGAAGAUCGGGAAGGUCGUCCAAAGCCCAGGGAUGAGCUCGACUUGGGCGGGUCCAGCGAACCUGAGGCCGUCGAAGUCACUGGACUCCAAACUCGCUCAAGGUAAUCCAGACGACCGUUUGUCAGAUGGAGUACAG